AUGAAUGAAGUACAGAGGAAAGCGAGAGCGAGGUACUUUGAACAAGAAAUUUGGAAUAAUUUGUCGAAGCAGAACUCUUUUGAGGACCGCCGAUUAAACCUAAAACGCAACAAGCUGGGAAAGGACGAGAACAUCGCGGUGAAAUCAUGGAAUCAGGAACAAUUGCUUAUGUUGAGGAGAAAUAAGAAACUGCAUGAACUCUUGAAUGGUUCACAUGAACAUUUUACUCAAAAAAGCAACCAGCUUAUUUCACCUUCAACCCCUCUAAGUCUUCCAUCGUUAGGCGCACAACAAAGACCUCGAUCAACAUCUUCAAGUGCCCAGGGGAGUACUGAUUUUUCAUCACGAUCUAAGGAGCCAGCUCGACCGAGAUCACACACUCAGCAGAUGUUGUCAGCAAAAACAGAACAUUCCAUCAGAAAACAGUCAGCUCAAGAAGAGAUCAGCUUACCCUCAGUUUCUGCAACGAAAGUUCGACGCACUACGCAUUCCGCUUUUUCGCAAAAUACCAGCUUAUCAAGUAGUGAACCCUUUAUGCAAAGAAAAACAAGCUAG